GCAAAAAAUGGGUAUAAAAAGACUUCUGAAAUGAACAGAAUUAAUCAAUUGGCGAGUUGCAGUAAUCACAAUAACUACAUAAAUUUCUGGAAAUUUGAAAUGGAUAAAAUAUUGCUAGUUAUCGGCUUAAUUUGUAGUUUAAGCCAUUCAGGCUUCGCCCUGGUCGAGCUGAACUGUUCCGUGGCGAAUUCGAAGGAUGGUAUUUUUACCUUUACGAUCCCCACGACAUCCAGAAUCGGCGACUUUAACAUGUUUUUCGUCCAGCAAGAAAUCACUCGGUUGCAUCCCUGGGCCGUCACGGCGAUGUACAACUAUCUCAACAAUGAGCACAAUAUCUCCCGCAUUGAUAACUUCAGACCGUACACGUGCGAAGGGCUAAACCAGACAGAGUGCGGGACUACGUUUCGGAUGACGCCGGAACAACAGGCCUAUUCUGGGAGGACAUCCUUCGACCGGGGUCACUUGCAACCCAGCCACCCCUUCACCUUUGAGCGGGACGCGAAUGACAAAACGUUCUACUGUUUCAACAUCGCGCCACAAGAACCAUUUACGAACCAACAACCCUGGUCGUUAGUCGAGUCCAGGGUCCUCACCUAUUUUUCGGGACGCGCGGGCUACAUCAUUACUGGAAUCGGCGAUCAGGAAGACCUCUUCAGUCCCACUAACGUUGGCUACAUCGUGCCAAACCAUUACUGGAAACUGGUUUGUUACAAGGAUGCCGCCGGGGUGACGCAGGUCGUCGGCUUUAUCGGGAACAAUACGCUCCUUCGUGCCAACGAUGUCGCGGAACAGGAUGCCAGGAAAGCGUCCACCUAUUUGCCAAGAUCGCAACAGGAAAUUAUUAACACGAUGAACAUAAAUCGAGUACAUCUCUUCCAAGAAGCGUGGGUCGGUGGGGAGACUUAUUUACUGGAAGGUCGUUCCGAGGACAGAUUGCCAUCCGCGGAUGAGUGCACGUUCAAAAGGGACCUGUCCCCCGAGGUCAGACAAGAAUGGGCCACUUAUAUCGGCGGAUUUUCAAAGUUGGAAUGAAAAAAUUAAUGAAACACGCGAAUGUUAAAAAUAUUACAAGUUUGAAGUUAUUUAUGUUAAUUAAAAUUGUCAAAUUCCCAAGAGUGAAUAAACUUGACUAGAUUAUUUACGGGA